GAGUUCACAUGCAAACAUCCGAAAAUCGUCUGCAAAUUUUGCGAAAAAAGUUCAUAUAAAAAAUUAAAGACAGUAAAUGUAAGUUAAGGUUAGGGACUAUCGGCUGGUAUACAAAUUCCAGAUGACGAGCGAUUUGCAAUUGAGUAAGCGCCUAUCGUGGUUACUGCGUCAUGGAGCUGCUCGAGAAGGUUUGCCUAUACGACCAGAUGGCUUUGUUGUUGUUGACACAAUCCUCAAACAUCCAAAAUAUGGACAUGAUUUGAGUUUAGAACGAUUGAAAGAAAUCGUCUCUAAAGAUAAAAAGCAGCGUUAUACUCUGCGUCAAAAUCAAUGUGGUGCUUAUGAGAUACGUGCAAACCAGGGUCACUCAAUAGUGGAAGUGGAAGACUCUCAUUGUUUGCAUCGUAUUCACAAAGCCGAUGAAGUGAAAUUAGCUGUACAUGGCACGUACUACCGGCAUUGGCCACGAAUAAUUGAAGAAGGGCUGCGCCCGAUGGGGCGUUUACAUGUACAUUUUGCCAUGUUCGAUGACAUCGCCAAGACAGCGUAUCAGAGUAGUCCACAAAGUGGCUUUCGCAGUGAUUGCGAGUUGCUCGUUUAUUUAGAUGUGCAAAAAGCCAUGGAGAUUGGUGGGAUGGAAAUAUAUCGGUCCUCUAACAAUGUCAUACUGUGUGCGGGCAGCAACGGUCAUAUACCAAAAGAGUACUUCCGCCAAGUUGUUGACCGACGCACUGGAAAAGAAUUACAAUUUUAGUGUUUAGAUUUAUCUUAAAGUUAUUGUAUUAUACAAUAGAAUAUUGCUUUGUUUUUGAAUAAAUUCAUGUGAACAUUAAAGU